UUCGUGUCAAUUUUAUAUACAUAUGUAAUAGUUAUCUGUAUUCAUUUCCUAUGGUAUGUGAAAAAUCAGGUCUGCGAAUGUUUUAUCACCCAUUUUUUGUCAAUUAAACGCGUCUAAAUAAUAAUGAAAAUCGCUUCCAAACGUCAAAUCUAACGCUAAUGAAAAUUAAUCAAAAAAAAAGUUACAUCAAGUUUUAACCAACACGAACUUGACUUCGAAGAUUACGCAUUUGAUUCACGUUGUAUCCAUAAUGGCCGACUUCGUGAUUCACUUAUCAUUUCCCUAACUUCAUGAUUGUUGUGUACGGCAUUUGUUUGCGCUGAAGUUCGUCUCUAAUGGUUUGUUAUUAUCGUUAAUGCCGGUUGAAAGUGGUGAUUCUUUUUAGAAAACAGAAUAAAUACAAAUAAGUGGACUUUUUACAAGAAACUUGACAUAUCAGUCAUUGAAGUACCACUUGCUCAGCAUGACGGACAAUUUGUAUUGUCCUGGAUGUUCGCAGCGUUCAGAUUCGGUAACGGCCUUGAUACAGCACUUGGAUAGAUGCGGUCAAGAUUUAGAUUCAAAGACGUUUCAAGAUAACGAAGAAAACAACAAGCAGAAAACUUGUAAAGAAACAGUCACAACUUCCGAGGUUUUAAUGGAUACACAUAUCGAGCAGAUUAAUCAAACUUUUCUAACAACUGUAAAUAAUAAUGAUAUUAUGAUAGUAGGAGAAUCUGAAACUAUACAAGUUGACGAAAACGGAGACAUUAAAGUAAUAGAAAAUACUGGUAUGGAGAAAUCAGAAGUAGAUCAUAGUUCGUUGGACUUGAAAAUGAGUGAAAAAUUAAAUGAUGUCAUCAAAGAAAGAGAUGAUAAAUCUUCAAUUUCAAAUACAUUGGUAUCUCCGUCAACCUCUGGCACAGAAGAUAUAUCAGGCGAUAAGAAUAUAAUAACCAUUUUAUCCAGUAGUUCUGAACUUUUGGAUGGAGGUGCUAGUGCCUUGAUAAAUAUGGACCAUAUAAAUGAUGUUGGGGAACUUGAUGAAAGUGGAUUACUUCGUGUUAAACAGGAGCUCUGUGAGGUAAAAGUAGAAGAGCUAGAACCAGAAGCAGUUUAUAGCUGUACAACUUGCGACAUGAGCUUCAAUUCCGUUUUGGAACAUAUUAAACAGUUUCAUGAUGGACAAGAAGUGCUGCUUGAAAUGGCAGAACAGUUGGACGAUUUAUCAUCUGUACCCACAACUUCUGUUCUCCCAGAGGAAACUGAUAAUACCACUAAUACACAAUCUCAAACUAUGAAUACGCUUUAUACCGAAGAAUGUGUAGAUAGUGAAGGAAAAUUAUAUACUAGAAAAGUUGUUCAAGUAGAAAGAUUUUGGGAUAGAAAUUCAAUGGAAGUUCCACCAGUGCAAUCCGUUAAGGCACCAAUGAUUGAGAAAUUUUUUUCAAAUGUAGAAGGCGUUAAGGUAAGAGAGAAGAGGAUAGCUCCUACAUCGGUGAAAAUGUACAGAUGCAAUCAAGGCCUGGAACAAUUGAAUAAAUUAGCAAGUUUACGAGAGCACGCGUGUCUUCGAGGAAAUAAUCGUUGCGACACUUGCGAUCAAACUUUCGCAACGUCAAAAGCGUUACAACUUCAUUCCAAGGUACACGAGGGUGAAUCUGAUUCUAAUCAACGAGUGUUUGUAUGCCCUACGUGUGGUACUGAAUUUUGUUCUCACAAAAGCUUACGAUUGCAUUCUCGUAUGCACGCACCGGUGAGAGCACGACAUGUCGAUGCACCGGAAGGAACUCUCGAUGCGACGUUUACUUGUCCUGAAUGUGGUAAAACUUUAUCAGAAUCAUAUAAAGAAGCGCAUAUGUCGUUGCAUACAGGUGAAUCCGUAACUUGUACAGUUUGUAAUAGAAAGUUUGACUCUGCUGAUAGUUUAGCGAUGCAUGCUGCGGUCCACACCGAAUUGAGUCAGUCACAUUCUCCAACUCCUCCUACAAGCGAAGUCAAUGAAUCGACUGAAAAUCAGAAACCUUAUCAGUGCCAACACUGCGGUCGAAGAUUUACCAGACCGCACGAGAAGGUAAAACACGAGCGUAUUCAUACCGGAGAGAAGCCUCAUGUUUGCGAAGUUUGUGGAAAAACUUUUCGUGUUUCAUACUGUUUGACGUUACAUAUGAGGACACAUACAGGAGUAAGACCAUAUGGCUGUCAACAUUGCGGCAAAAGGUUUAAAGCUUCUUCUGUGUAUAAUCAUCAUUUACUUACUCACGGAGAGGAGCGUGCUUAUACAUGUCCUUAUUGUCCAAAAACUUUUAAAACUAGAGUACAGUUAGCCGGUCAUAAAAAUAGUCAUACCAAGCCAUUUCGUUGUACGGAAUGUUCGAGACCUUUCGCAUCUUUGUAUGCAGCAAGGGCGCACAUUCAAACACAUAAGAAAGACAAUAAUUUAAAAUUUAGUUGUUACAUCUGUGGAGCGUCUUACGGUAGAGCGUUUGCUUUAAAAGAUCAUUUGAAACAACAUGGCCAAGAUACGUUGAUUCCUCCGGAGCCUGCACGAGAGGAAGAAGUACGCGAAGGUGGGAAUUUCUUGUUUUCAGAAGUGGAUAUAGAAGACAAAUUAAUUAUACCAUCUUCAAUAACUGUCGUACAAUCUUCUGGGCCAGAAGAUACGGAUUAAAAUUGUAAUAUCUAGUCGGUAAAUUGUUAUAACUUGUAGUUUACUGUUUCGCGUUUGUUUGUUAGUUUGGGAACGAAAAUGAUUGGAUUUCUCUUAAUUACAUAAUAUUUAAAUUUGUCUUUAUUAUUUUUACGAAAACGUUACAAUGUAAUAUAAUUUAUUACUCUGACUUGUGAUAGUAAUGUAAUUUAAUGAUGUAAACAUCAUUUAAACUUUUACUUUGCUACAGACGCAAGUAAAAAAAGAUUUUAAAAAUAUUUUUAAAAAUUAUCGUCUUUGAUUACACGAAACUAGAAUCUCGAUGUAGGUUAUUUUUGUAUCUCAAUUAAAAUCUAUGGCUUAUCGAGUUUAAUGGAAAUUUUAAAUUUGGGGAAUGUGUGUGAAUGUCGCAUUACAUCUUAUUAGAAUAAUCGCAUUACAUCUUAUUAGAAUAAUCUUCUUGUCAUCUUUCCUUGGAAAAAAAAAAAUGUUUCUUAUAUUUAAAGAUUUAUUCGGUCUUCCUCAUCGUUUACUUCCCUGAAUGAACUUAUUUAGACAAUAACAUAUAUAUCAUUUCUAUCUUUUCUGUAGAUACAAAUAUAUCGAGUAAUGUAUUUACAUUAUAUAUUUCGACUCUUCUAAUUCUUAGCUAUGGCCUUGUAAUAGAUAAAAACAUAGGUGAAAGCAUUCUGUAAGGAACAUCUAAUUUUAUAUUUGAAGUGGAAAUUUGUUAUUAUUAUUUUAUAGAAUGCAAUAAUUCUGUGUACAGUGCUGGCAAUGGAUAUAUUUUCUCUACCAAUCAAAUAUUGUCUUAACAAUUUUACUAACAAGGCUAUUUAUUUGGAAAGCAAGUUGAAGAAGCAAUGUGUGUGCAUGUUGAAAAAAAACAGAAGAAUAAUCCUAAUUACUAACUGGAUUUUUCAUUUUACGCGAAAUAUUUGUUAUUUAAAUUGUUAAAAAUGCGUUUUUAGUAAAAAAUAUCAAAACAAAAUUGUUCGAUAGUUCCUUUUUACGACGGUAUAUUUCGUUCCGUGUACAUCAUAAAAAAUAGUAAUUUUUUAACUUUCAUAUUUAAGACGUUUAUUUUGAAAGAAGCCUAAGUCCAUUUUAGUAUUUUGUUGUUGUUGAACGUAAUAACAUCUACAACAGUCAUAAACAAAAAUUUCGCGGAAAAAAUAAAAAAUAGACUUAGGUCACUAUCAAAAUAAACGAUUUAUUUGAUGUAUUGAAAUAUAAGCAAUAAUUACUAAGAGAUUAAUCUGAGACGGACUGAUUAGGAUGAUUAAGAUACAAUCUAAGCGAGUACAAAUCAAAUUUUGCUGGUUAUCUUAGAAGAAUAUUUAUUUAAUAUGUUCAAAUGAAUGAAGGAAAGGGAUUAUUGAAAACAAAUGUGAACGUGUAGAAAAACAAAAAUAAAAAAUAAGAAAUCAUGCUGUUGUAAAUAAUUGUGUUAAAUAAAGUCAAUGUACAAUCGC